ACGGCGCGGCGCACGCGCGGCGCUGGGCCCCCGGCCCACGCUUCCCCCCCUGCUGCUGCCCGCUUUCCCUCCCUCUCUCCCUCCCUCCCUCCCUUCAGCUGGGGCUACGGCUCCUCCCUGCACCACCUUUACCCGAGUCGUGGGCAGGGCCGCGCAUACGGCGCAGCUUCCCGGCUUCGUCCGCGUCAAGCAUCACUUGGGAAAGCGCCUUCUCCUCCUUUACCUCCUCUUGCUGUCUCCGCGACCAUGGAGCUGCCCGAGAGUCAGUGCAAGAAAGUCAAGCUGAGCAACAGGGUGGCGAGCUGGGGAAUGCAGAGGGCUACCAAUGUUACCUACCAAGCUCAUCAUGUCAGCAGGAACAAGAGAGGCCAAGUGGUAGGAACAAGAAGUGGUUUUCGUGGAUGCACAGUCUGGUUAACAGGUCUGUCUGGAGCUGGAAAGACUACAGUGAGCAUGGCACUGGAGGAGUAUUUGGUAUGCCAUGGAAUUCCAUGCUACACGUUGGAUGGUGACAAUAUUCGCCAAGGCCUUAAUAAAAAUCUGGGUUUCACACCAGAAGAUAGAGAAGAAAAUGUCCGUCGUAUUGCUGAAGUUGCUAAACUGUUUGCAGAUGCUGGUUUGGUGUGCAUUACUAGUUUCAUCUCUCCUUAUACUCAGGAUCGUAAUAAUGCCAGACAAAUCCAUGAAGGGGCAAGUUUGCCUUUCUUUGAAGUAUUUGUGGAUGCUCCAUUGCAUGUCUGUGAGCAGAGAGAUGUUAAAGGACUCUAUAAGAAAGCCAGGGCUGGAGAAAUUAAAGGUUUCACUGGGAUUGACUCUGAGUAUGAAAAACCGGAAGCCCCAGAGCUUGUGCUGAAAACUGAUUCCUGUGAUGUGAAUGAUUGUAUACAACAAGUUGUGGAACUUCUUCAAGAGAGGGACAUUGUACCAGUGGAUGCCUCUGAUGAGGUGAAAGAACUUUAUGUGGCAGAAAACAAGCUACAGUUGGCGAAAACUGAUGCUGAGUCUCUGUUAACAUUGGAAAUAAAUAAGGUGGAUAUGCAAUGGGUGCAAGUGCUAGCAGAAGGCUGGGCAACUCCUCUGAGUGGCUUUAUGAGAGAGAGAGAAUACCUACAGUGCCUUCACUUCGACUGUCUCCUUGAUGGAGGAGUUAUUAACCUGUCAGUGCCUAUAGUGCUGACGGCUACUCAAGAAGACAAAGAAAGGCUGGAUGGGUGUACAGCAAUUGCAUUGGUUUAUGAAGGUCGCCGUGUGGCCAUUCUCCGUAAUCCUGAGUUCUAUGAGCAUAGGAAAGAAGAACGCUGUGCUAGGCAGUGGGGAACAACAUGCAAGGAACAUCCCUAUAUCAAGAUGGUUAUGGAGCAAGGAAACUGGCUCGUAGGUGGAGAUCUACAAGUCCUCGAUCGUAUUUAUUGGAAUGAUGGACUUGAUCAGUACCGUCUCACUCCAGUUGAACUAAGGCAGAAGUUCAAGGAAAUGAAUGCUGAUGCUGUCUUUGCGUUCCAGUUGCGCAAUCCAGUGCACAACGGGCACGCUCGUCUAAUGCAGGAUACUCAUAAGCAACUUUUGGAGCGUGGCUACCGGCGCCCAGUUUUACUCCUGCAUCCACUCGGAGGCUGGACAAAGGAGGAUGAUGUUCCUCUUACGUGGCGCAUGAAGCAACAUGCAGCAGUACUGGAGGAAGGAAUUCUGAAUCCAGAAACAACGGUGGUGGCUAUAUUCCCUUCGCCCAUGAUGUAUGCUGGACCAACUGAGGUUCAGUGGCAUUGCAGAUCACGGAUGGUUGCAGGAGCUAACUUCUACAUUGUAGGGCGAGAUCCAGCAGGGAUGCCGCACCCUGACACUGGGAAAGAUCUGUAUGAACCAACCCAUGGUGCCAAAGUGUUGACAAUGGCUCCAGGCCUCAGAGCACUGGAAAUUGUACCCUUCAGGGUUGCAGCUUAUAAUAAGAAAAAGAAGUGCAUGGAUUAUUAUGACUCUAAUCACCACGAAGACUUUGAAUUCAUAUCGGGGACCCGUAUGCGCAAGCUGGCUCGAGAAGGACAAAACCCACCGGAAGGCUUCAUGGCUCCUAAGGCUUGGACUGUGCUGACAGAAUACUACAAAUCCUUGGAGAAGGCUUAGGCCUCUUAUUAACUACAGAUCAACCUUUGACGCCUGAUUUAUUUACGAGAAGGGGACCACACAGUCAUCGUUCAUGUUGCUUUGUUGUGGUGUCUGUCAGGAAGUUCUUUUCUGAAAACAGACUCUUUCUCCCUAAGUUAGCAUCAUUCUUUGCCUGUCCUUCUGGGUUCUAUUAUGUCCUGGCACCUAACUAGCUGCUGGUUUUAAUGUCUUCCUUUAUUACAGUUAAUAUUCUUGCCAUAGGAUUUUUAACUCUUGUCUUUUCUUUAUAUGUUUUAUUGCCUCUGUCCUAUGAACUCUGCAGCUGUUAAAUAGAUGUAGCUUUUUCCAUAUGUUAUUUAAACUGCUGGAUAGUGUCUGGUUUUAGUAGUUUGUAGGAAAAAAUGUAAUGGUUAGACCUUUAACUAUGGAUAGAUUAUCUAUAAAUUGUAAAAGUAAAUAGGCUCUAAAACAUCCGUAAAAGUAUUCUCAUCUUUAUCUCAUCAUCAUCACCAGAAGCACCUACCAAUAUGUAGUCAAGAAGCGGAGUUUUUUUAUGUAACAUAAUUAAACUUUUUUGCUUGCUUUGUGUAGUUUUGGAGUUUAUUGAGUUGUCCGAUGAUUCUCUUGUGCUGUAGACCUGUAAAGAUGGCGAAGUAAUGAAUGAGAGAAUAUCUAGUUUUCACUUUGAAUUAAUAACGAAUCCAGAUUUUUUUUUUUUAAUUUUAUAUGUGCUUUUUGCCAUGGAUGUUUGUAGGGAAUGCUUUAUUUCAUUUCAUACAACUUGUAGUUUUUUAUUCCAAGUAUACUUGUUUGACCUACUACAACAACAACAACAAAAGAAGUGUGGCAAGCCAACCUGGAAUUAACAUUUAAUUAUUCCAAGAAAAAUAAAAUUAAAAAAAUCUUUA